AUGGAGUUAAAUAAUAAUAUUAAUAAUAGUGAUAUAAUUAAAUUACCAAGAAGUAUUACACAUUUAGAAUUUUACGAUGAAAAAGCAAGUUUAAAUUUAGAUAAAUUAAAUAUACCAGAAACUAUCAAGCAUCUAAAGUUUGGCAGUUCUAUAAAAUUGUCAGGUGAAUUUGGUAAAGAAUCUUCAUCAUCUUCAUCAUCAUCUUCAUCAUCAUCAUCAUCAUCUUCAUCAUCAUCAUCAUCAUCAAUUCUCAGCUCCUUUAAAAACCUUAUAAAUAAUAAUAAAAAUCAACAUAGAACCCAAAAUAAUUUAACAUUUGAAAAAGAAGAUAUAAAACCAUUUAAUAAUUUAAAAUCAUUAAAAUUAGAAAACACUUUUUUAUUAAAGAACCCAAAUUAUUUCCCAAAACAAUUAAAACAUUUAUCUUUACAAUUUGGCAAGGGAGAAAUCACCAAAGAUUUUAAAAUUUCUAAAGGGAUGAUACCAGAAAACUUAGAAUCUUUAACGAUAAAUAUGGAAUACAACAGCCCAACAAUUUAUAUACCACCAACUGUAAAGAAGUUUCAAGUUGAACUAGGAUACUUUUUUUUUAAUUCAGAAAUAUUAAAAUUUUUACCCCCAAGCAUUACAAUAUUAAAUAUUAUAAGAACCCCAAAACAGAAUUUAGAACCAUUCAAAAAAAAUGUUGCAGAGUCAUUGAGGAAAUUGGUAGUGGUUCAAGAUUUUAAUCAUUAUCCUGCCUAUCUAAAUAGUGAUUUAAAGUCAUUGACGACCUUGGAUUUAAGAUACUGUACAAAUUAUUGUAAUGGAUUUAAUAUUAGCAAGUUUCCCAAAACAUUGACAAAUUUAAAGCUACCAAAUCGAUUGAUAUUGGAUGACUCUAAUUCUGCAGGCUUCCCACCAUCUCUUACAAGACUUUUUGGUUCACCGUCACAUUUUUCCCUAAAGUUUCAAGACAAUUCAAAACUAAUAAAUGCAACAGUUACCUCAAAUUCAGAUCAUGUUGACUUCACCAAUUUUUAUAAAAAAUUUACAAAUAUUCAGUCAUUAACCCUAUUCCAAUUAAAUUUCCCAAACAACACAUACAUAUCAACUCUUCAAAUUCUUUCAGAAACUUUAACUAAUCUUGAAAUAAUAGAUUGCUCAUUCAAUAGUGACGAAUUAAAAACAUUAUACUUUCUAAAAUCACUUAAAUCCCUUAGAAUCAAUGGUUUAACCACUGGCUCUAUUUUAAAAGAUUUUAAAGAUAUCUCACCAUUUCCAGACUCAUUAAUAAUAUUAGAUUUAGAGUAUACCAACCGAGAAUUAAAGAUGAAAACCGAAGAAAUUAGAAUAUUAGAUAGCAAAGGUCAAGUUAGAAUAGCUCCUUACAUUCCAUUGGUUUUAUCAAAUGAAAUACUACCCCCAUUACUCAAAGUACUAAUCCUAAGAGGUGAUAUUAGACCCAAUAUCAAGCUUCCAUUUAACAGCAAUAGCCUCGAUCACAUAUUUCUUCAUUGUGCACUCCCAUUACAGGGUGAAUUCGCAUCAGAUCCAUCAUCCCAUCACUUAAUUAGACACUUUAAUAACACAGCCGAUGAGCAUCCAUACAAUCAUGUUAUUUCGAAAAUUUAUAAUAAUUUAAGAAAAAUUAUAAUAAAACAAUAA